AUGGUUGAAGAAAUACCAGAUCAAUGCUGGGAAUUAAUCUUCACAUUCCUCAAAGACGGCAGCGACGGUGAACACAACCAUCACUACUUGAAGUCUCUCUCCAUUGCCUCAAAAGAGUUUUUCUCCAUUACCAACCGUCUUCGAUUCUCUCUCACUAUCUAUGUUCCAACACACCCAUUUUUGCACCGGCUUUUCAAAAGGUUCGUCAACCUCACAUCCCUCGACCUCACCUGCUUCUGCGGUGACCUUGACGCGCUUCUCUCUCAAAUCUCUUGUUUCCGAUUGAACCUCACAUCACUAAAUAUCUCCAACCAACCCACCAUUCCCGCAAUUGGGUUACGAUCUUUUUCCAAAAAGAUUACAACUUUGAUAUCUCUUGUUUGUUCCAACAUUGAGUCUAUCUAUGGCACUGACUUGUUUCUCAUUGCCGAAUGUUUCCCUUUGCUCGAAGAACUUGACCUUAGUAAUCCAGGAGAGUGUGCAAAUUUAAAUAAUGUAAACUUCCUUGAUGGUUUAGAUGCUCUUUCAUUAGCACUUUUCAAACUCCGUAAGAUUAAUCUCUCUGGUCAUUGUUAUGUAAACGACUCAUCACUUUUGCACUUGUGUAAGAAUUGUGAGUUUCUUGAACAAGUUAUGAUGAUGAAUUGUUCAUUGUUAACUCACCAUGGCAUUGCUUAUGCAAUCCGCGAGAGACGACAAACUUUGAGGUCUCUAUCCAUUAGAUGGAGAUCAUAUGGAAGCAAUGACAUAAUUAGUUCACACUUUGUUGACUCGUUGGCGAAUUUAAAGGGCUUAACUAGUCUUGAUUUGUCGUCUUCGCGUAUAUCAGAUAAGUUGCUUACCUCAAUUGCAAUGAGAGGUCUUCCUUUGAGAAAACUCGUCCUCCAAAAUUGCACCGGCUAUAGUUAUGUUGGAAUCUUUUCUUUGUUAUCCAAGUGUCAAGGUAUACAACAUUUGGAUCUUCAAAAUGCCGAUUUUAUGACCGAUCACCGUGAUGCCAAGGUGUCUUCGCUUCUUGGUGAUUUAGUGUCUAUAAACCUUAACAAGUGUAGGAAGCUCACAAAUUCAGCCUUGUCAGCACUCGUUAGCAACUGUCCUUUACUAAGUGAUAUCAAAAUGGAACACACUAGUAUUGGGAAAAACGUUGCGAAGAACUCUAAUUAUUUGAUGAAUUUUGUUUUGAACCCUCCUCGAUUAAAGUCUUUCUAUAUGGCUCAUAAUUCAUGGUUAAAAGAUGAAAGCCUCAUAAUAUUUUCUUCCAUUUUAACCAAUUUGCAGCUACUUGAUUUGAGUGAUUGCGAUUGCAUAUCUGAACAAGGUAUUUGUCAAGUUUUAAAGACAUGUUGUAAGAUUAGAAAUUUAAACUUAGCUAAGUGUAAUGUUACGAGGCUACUUGGAUUGAACUUUGAAGUUUCAAACCUAGAGGUGUUGAACUUGUCAGAUACAAAUGUUGUCGAUGAAACACUUUAUGCAAUCUCAAAGAAUUGUCGCGGGCUUUUGCAAAUUAUACUGGAAGGAUGUCUUCUUGUCACAAUGAAGGGAGUGAAGCACGUAGUUGAAAACUGCACACAACUGAGAGAGAUCAAUUUGAGGGAUUGUGAUAAAGUGCACCUUAAUGCUAAUAGUGUUUCCUUAAUGGUAUUUUCAAGGCCAUCAUUGAGAAAGAUAACAGCUCCACCUAAUUUUCAUUUGAGUGAAAAGAAGAAACUCUUGUCUCAUCAAUUAUGCAUUGUUUGGUAG